UAAAAUUCUAGUCUCUUUUUGCGCUCCGAACGAAGGCUAAAUUACUAAGAUAUUUUUUUGUGGCUCCAGAUGCUGUCCUCAGUAAAAAUGACUUUCAGUCGCAUAAAGAGAACAAAUAUUAACUAAGGAAGCCAACGGCUUUGUUGCUAGAAAAUAGCAGGAACUCUUUUAGACAACUAUAAAAGGGAAAGGAAAGAUAGAAGAAUAAUAAGCAGUACUGAGGGGGUCCUAGCGGGCUACUCGCGCAUGCGUAGAAGUGGGUAGCAAGGGACCGCGGCGACGCAGAAGGCAGGAGACGCUCCAGGCGCGAAGCCGGUGGCGGUUUCGCCCUCAACGGCCGCUUCAGAGUUUGUGGACUUUGAGUAGGGGGACGUUUUGUGAGGAAGAAAAAGAAGCGCAACAAUCCAGUAAUCAAGGGACCCCCGUUUGCUUGCUGUAGUCGAGGGAAGCGGAAGUGCCGCCAUCUUGAGACAAAGCAAGAGGCCUGAGGGAGCAUUUGACGAGGCACCAUGGCAGAACUGGAGAACCUUGAGGUGAUGGUGAAAACCUUGGACUCUCAGACCAGGACAUUCACAGUGGAGGAAGAGAUCACAGUGAAGGAGUUCAAAGAGCACAUUGCGGGUUCAGUCAACAUCCCCUCUGAAAAGCAACGUCUCAUCUAUCAAGGCAGAGUCCUGCAAGAUGAAAAGAAGCUGAAAGAAUAUAAUGUUGGAGGCAAAGUCAUCCACUUGGUGGAACGUGCCCCUCCCCAGACACAGUCACCUUCUUUGGGGGGUCCCUCUGGAGCUGGCUCAUCGUCUGUCUCUCACAACGGCGCAGGCCCCCGAGGGACGGGCCCUACCGUGCACGACCGCAAUGCCAACAGCUAUGUUAUGGUGGGAACCUUCAACUUACCAGUAAGCAUUAUGGACCCGCAGCCACCCACACAAAGCGAUGGAUCGUCUGUGGACGUUCAUAUAAAUAUGGACCAGGCUCCCAUACAGAGUGAACCUCGUGUCCGCCUCGUCAUGGCCCAGCAUAUGCUACGAGACAUUCAGGGCAUCCUGAACCGGCUAGAGGGACGUGCCAACGGCCAAGCUGCCCCGGGGCCUGAGGAGGCACCUUCUGCCAGCCCUAUGGAGCGGGAGCUGAUGGAUGGGGCUGAAUCCGAACCUCCCAGUGAGCCCACGCCAGCGGAGGAGACGCCCCCAUCAGGGACAGAGCCGCCCCCUGUGCCUGAGGCUGCUGCACCCAACCAUCCAUCACCAGGCGAGUAUGUGGAGGUGCUGGGAGAGCUCCGUGGAGUGGAGAGCAGGCUUCAGCCCUACCUGCAGAGAUACGAGGAGAUCCUGGGGACCGCAGGCACUGCUGACUACAACAACAACACAGAGGGCCGUGAGGAGGACCAACGAAUUAUCAACCUGGUGGGGGAGUCGCUGCGCCUGCUGGGCAACACCUUUGUGGCACUCUCAGACCUGCGCUGCAACCUCUCCUGCAGCGCCCCCCGCCACCUCCAUGUGGUGCGGCCCAUGUCUCACUACACGGCCCCCAUGGUGCUGCAGCAGGCUGCCAUUCCCAUCCAGAUUAAUGUUGGAACCACAGUCACCAUGACUGGCAACGGUGCUCGUCCUUCACAGACCAACGCGGAAGGAUCUGCUGCCACUCCAGCCACUCCUGCUGCCCAGCCUGGCACUUCCGGUCCUGCCGAGCCAGGCCGUCCCUCUGAGGGGCUGCCCCCUUCGUCCGCCCCGGGAGCCACCCCUACUCAGACGCAGGCCUCCCAGACAGGCCACCCCCGUGUGAUACGCAUCUCGCAUCAGACAGUCGAACCAGUGGUCAUGAUGCACAUGAAUAUACAAGAUUCCGGUUCCCAGAUGGGAGGGGGUGGCUCUGGGGGAGCACCAUCGACUGGGUCCGCUGGACCACCAGGGCAUGCCCAAGGAAUGGGUGGCGCUGCUCACAUGCCGCUCCCUAGUCUUCCUCCAGAGUUUAUGCAAGCAGUGGCCCAUCAGAUCACGCAGCAAGCCAUGGCAGCCGCUGCUUCAGCUGCCGCAGGCCAACAAGUUCCAGGCUUCCAGGCAGCUCCAACACGUGUGGUGAUUGCCAGACCCUCCGCUCCUUCUGUGCGGCCCACUCACCCCGGAUCACCGCAGGCCCCAGGGCAAGGGGGCCCUGGCAUGGGUGGGAACGCAUCCUUGGCCCAGAUGAUCAGUGGGUUGGUAGGGCAGCUCCUCAUGCAACCAGUGAUAGUGGCUCAGGGCAGCGGGGCGUCCUCCUCGGCCUCCUCUUCUGUCAGCAGCCAGGCGACCUUCAGCAACAGUGCUUCCGCCUCCCCUCCCACAGCCUCGGCCAGCGCUGGCACGACCAACACAGCCACCACCGCAGCAGGGGGCAGUUCAGCUGGUGCCCCCGGAGGGCCCGUCCCCUCAGGCCAGCCUCCUACGGCUGCCGCUGAGCUCCAGUUCUCUCAGCUGUUGGGGAACAUCCUUGGAGCAACAGGCUCCAGCAUGGCAGAAGUGGCCGGCGUGGGGUCCCCCACCAUCACCGUGGCCAUGCCAGGGGUCCCUGCUUUUCUGCAAGGCAUGACAGACUUCCUUCAGGCAACACAAAUGGGGGCUGCUCCCCCACAUCCUCCUGAGCAGGCUCCACCUCCACCACCGCCAGCGGCCUCCCCACCUCCACCAUCACCUCCCCAUUCGGCUCCUCAGAGCGGAGCGGAGGUUCCGUCCUCUGGCAUGGGAGGCGGCGGCGGCAGUGUUCGUGGUGGUGCCUCAGCUGAUGCUUUGCCUCCAGAGUUCUUCACCAGCGUGGUCCAAGGGGUCCUGUCCUCCAUGAUGGGCUCGCUCAGCGCCCAGCAGGGCAGCACUGAGAGCAUUGCUGACUUCAUCCAGCGCCUGAGUGGCACCAGCAACAUCUUUGAGCCGGGCACUGAGGGGGCCCUGGGCUUCUUCGGAGAUCUGCUCUCCCUGAUCUGCCAGAACUUCUCCAUGGUCGACAUGGUGAUGCUGCUGCAUGGGCAGUUCCAGCCUUUGCAGCGGAUCCAGCCCCAGCUCAGCCGCUUCUUCCGGGAGGAGUACCUGCACGGCCAGGAGCCCACCGAGCGCAAUGUCCGGAUGGCCACUUACAACUUGAUUAACGGCUUGGAGGAAUACAUCCGCGAGAGCUUUGCUUCUGUCAGAGUCCAGGAUGGCGUUGACAUCACUCGCUCUAACCUGGAGUUCCUGCAGGAGCAGUUCAACCGCAUUGCUACUCACAUCCUGCACUGUGCUGACAACACCUUUGGCUACCGGCUGUUGGAACUGUGCAACCAGGGCCUGUUUGAGUGCCUGGCACUGAACCUCUACUGCUUGCGAGGGGAGCAGGCGGCCCUGACAGCUGUCAUCAACGACCGCAUUAGGCGGAUGUCGGCAGACAUGAACCCUUCUCUGGUGAGCUGGCUCACCACCAUGAUGAGCAUGCGGCUGCAGGUCAUCCUGGAGCACAUGCCUGUCACAGAGGAACAGAUCUUGCAAUACGUCCGCAGAGUGGGCGAUCCCCCACAGCCCGUUCCUGAAGAGCCCAUGGAUCUCCAGGCUGUUGAGCAGCCUUCUGAAACCCUACAGCGCGACACGGCGGCGUCUCCCGCUCCGGCCACCACGGCAGAAGAGGCCAUGCCCCAGCAGCGAGGGGAGCCGGAACACGAGGAGCCGCAGCAAGGAGAGCCCCCAGCCCCCGACGCAGAACCCUGGGCUGCUGCUGUGCCCCCCGAGUGGGUGCCCAUCAUCCGGGAGGACAUCCAGAGCCAGCGCAAACUCAAGCAGCAGCCUCCCCUCAGUGAUGCCUACCUGAGCGGCAUGCCCGCGAAACGGCGCAAGACAAUGCAGGGUGACGGGCCCCAGCUGCUCCUGUCAGAGGCGGUCAGCAAAGCUGCCAGAGUAGCCGGCGUGAAACCCCUGACGAGUGCCGAGAGCCUGAACAGAGACCUUGCUGAACCGGCACUGCAGGAGAGCUACCGGCAGCAGCUGAAAUCAGACCUGCAGAAGCGGCUGCAAGCUGAUCCGAGCUUCACUCCCCAGCGGUUCCCCAAUGCCCAGCAGGCCUUUGUGGCCGAGGACUCAUAAUGGCUGCUGCCCAAACCCUCCAGGGUCAGAGGCACACGCUGGGGCUUGCCUCUUUGCCCCUGUGCACGACAGACAACCACUCCCCUCUCAGGCCAAAUAUUUAAGUUCCUUCCCACUUUCUCUCUCCCCACCGCCACGUCCCCUCUGGUUGCUGUGACCUUUCUCUCCCAGUGGAGUGCCCAAGUUGCUGCUGAAAUCCGUCAAUAAAGCCACUUGUCCGGGG